GCCGGACCGGAAGUGACGCAGCGGGAAGCUAAUCUUGUGCCGAGACUGGAGGGCGGAGAUACACUGGAGCUGUCAGUGAGGAGACAGGAGAGGAUGAGAGUGACCGGUUACAGGUGGACGGCCCAGCUGCUCACAGCAGCACAGAGGAGUUCAAGGAGGGGAUUUGUAUCCUCUGCGGCGUUACCCUCUAAUUAUGAUGUCAGACAGGUGGAGAUCACCUCCUCGGAGCAGAGGAGGCUGACGUUUGAUACUCACGCUCUAGUGCGAGACCUGGAAACUCACGGUUUUAAUAAAGAACAGUCUGAAGCGGUAGUAACAGUGCUGGCAUCACUGACCAACUCAAGCCUGGAUACGGUAUACAAGGACAUGGUGACCCGGGCCCAGCAGGAAAUUACACUUCAGCAGAUCAUGGCGCACCUGGACUCCAUUAGGAAAGACAUGGUGAUUCUGGAGAAAAGCGAAUUUGCAACCCUAAGGGCGGAGAAUGAGAAAAUGAAGAUUGAAAUUGGUCACGUCAGACAUCAUCUGCAGAACGAAACAAAUCAGAUCCGCGCUGACACCAAGCUGGACAUCAACCUGGAGAGGAGCCGCCUCACCGAUAUGUUCACAGAGCAGGAGAGGAAGCUGAUGGACGCCAGCACCGAAUUCCAUAAAAAGAAUGUGACCACCGAUGGCGCCAUCGCGGAAAUCAAUAAGAAGAUUGAUAUCGAUAUCGCAUCUCUGAAGACACUUAUGGAGUCGCAUAAACUGGACACCAUCCGCUUUUUGGCUGCUUCUGUAUUUACGUGCCUGGCGAUCGCCCUGGGAUUUUAUCGACUCUGGAAGUAGUAAAGACGUUUUCUAAAACAUUCCUGGUCGCACUUGAAUGGCAGCUGCUUCAGGGGCAGUCCUUCCUCCGCUGCCGCAUCGUUUCCUCUCGGUGGGCAGAGCUGCAGCCCCCUACGUGGCGGUUCAGAGUUAUUUAUGCUUUUUAAUAUUCUCCCACGCACAAUUUAUCAUUUCUCAAGUUACUCCGGGAACCGACUGAAUGUCUCGUACCUGCACCAAAUGUGCCUUUUAUAUGUGUUUGUUAUUAUAUUAAACUUAUUGGACGCUGCUG